UUUGACCUUGUCAUUUUUAUUUCACCUCCUGCUUGCGCAGAAAGCCAGAAUCUCUGUACACUCAGUUCCCUGCAUAGAGAGAGCACAAAACCCUAGCAACACGAUUCAAAACCCAAGUUAAAAAAAUUAAUAAUAUUUGAGGCAAAAUGAGUAGGGGAAGCGGGGGAGGAUACGAUCGUCACAUCACGAUCUUUUCACCGGAAGGCCGUCUUUUUCAAGUUGAAUAUGCUUUUAAGGCUGUUAAGGCUUCUGGGGUCACCUCAAUUGGUGUUUGUGGGAAGGAUUCUGUCUGUGUGGUGACUCAGAAGAAAGUACCUGACAAGCUCUUGGACCAUACAAGUGUCACACAUCUUUUUCCCAUUACAAAGUACCUUGGCUUGCUAGCAACUGGCAUGACAGCUGAUGCGAGGACCUUGGUUCAACAAGCAAGGAAUGAAGCAGCAGAGUUUCGCUUCAAAUAUGGAUAUGAGAUGCCUGUGGAUGUUUUGGCUAAAUGGAUAGCAGAUAAAUCACAAAUUUAUACACAGCAUGCUUAUAUGAGACCCCUUGGAGUAGUUGCUAUGGUAUUGGGCAUUGAUGAUGAAUAUGGGCCUAGACUAUAUAAGUGUGACCCUGCUGGCCACUUCUUCGGCCACAAGGCUACAAGUGCGGGAUUAAAAGAACAAGAAGCAAUUAAUUUUUUGGAGAAGAAAAUGAAGAAUGAUCCUGCAUUUACCUAUGAGGAGACAGUGCAGACUGCAAUUUCUGCCCUGCAAUCAGUUCUACAGGAGGAUUUCAAGGCUACUGAGAUUGAGGUUGGAGUUGUGAGGACAGAAAAUCCAGUCUUCAGAGUCCUGUCCACCGAGGAGAUUGAUGAGCACUUAACUGCAAUAAGCGAGCGAGACUAAAUGAUGACAUGUUGAUGGGAUCUUUAGUGAAGAAUGAAGCAAUUUUUCUGUUACUUACAAAUGAAGCAAUGGACUGAUAAGCUUUUCUUAUCUUCUUAGGUGCAUUGUACACACUAUGAAUUGUGAUUAUCCUCCUACCUAAGAAGCUUAUUUGUCAAUGUGAAAACUUGCGCAUACUACUGCUGGUCAAUGCUACGUGAUUGUUCCCUAUUAA